AUAAUUACACGGAGGCAGCGUUUUACUGAGCAUCGCGGACAGUGGUGGUCCUCCCACACUCCGCCGCGCAGAAAGCCGAGGCUCACGCGGAUCACCAACUCCAACCACGCGCGCCCGCGCGCCAGCACGCACGAACGCCGUGUUUGUGAUGUGUGAACUGGACUCAGUUCCCCCUUCCGACCAGAGUGUGGUUCAUUCCAGGGCUUCGUUUUUCCUCGGCGUUUUCAGCUGCCAUCAACACAACACUGAGCCACGCUGCGGGCGCCUCCGUCAGUCUGCUGACAGAGCAGCUGAGGAGUAAAUGUCGAUGGUGAGGAGGAGAUGUGAGGAGAUGUGAGGAGCGAGCAGAGAGCUUCUCCUGCUGGACUGCUUCGUGCCGAGCUGGUGACAGGAAUGCAUCAACUGUCUUCAGAAACCGCCUUUGAAUCGUCUGGGUCCGUGGCUGUGGGGCAGUGAGCAGCUACCAUGACGUACCCCAACGCCAGCAUACUGGCGUCAAACUUCAGUGGAGCCUCAGACAGCUAUGACUCGGGGGGAAACAUCUAUCGGCCCUUCUCCGUCUUCAGUGUGCUCACUCUCACGUUGCUGGCGAUGCUGGUGGCGGCCACCUUUGUCUGGAACUUGCUGGUCCUGGUGACCAUACUGAGGGUGAGGACAUUCCACCGCGUCCCUCACAACCUUGUGGCUUCGAUGGCCAUCUCUGACGUGAUGGUGGCCGCCCUGGUCAUGCCUCUGAGCCUCGUCCACGAGCUGAACGGUCGGCUGUGGAAACUGGGCCGCGUACUGUGUCAGGUGUGGAUCUCCUUCGACGUGCUCUGCUGCACGGCCAGCAUCUGGAACGUGACGGCCAUCGCGCUGGACCGCUACUGGUCCAUCACCAGGCACCUGGAGUACACUCUCAAGACGCGCAAAAAGAUCUCCAAUGUGAUGAUUGCGCUCACGUGGCUGCUGUCCUCCAUCAUCUCCCUGUCGCCUCUCUUCGGCUGGGGGGAGACGUACUCAGAGGGGAUGAAGUGCCAGGUGAGCCAGGAGCCGUCCUACACGAUCUUCUCCACGUUCGGAGCCUUUUACCUCCCUCUCUGCGUGGUGCUGUUUGUGUACUGGAAAAUCUACAAGGCUGCAAAGUUUCGCAUCGGUUCCCGGAAGAACAACACAAUUACACCCAUGGCUGAGGUAAAGGAAGAAACCCAGCAGCCCCAGAUGGUGUUUACCGUGCGCCACGCCACGGUGACCUUCCAGACAGACGGGGACACAUGGCGCGAGCAGAAGGAGAAAAAGGCCGCACUGAUGGUAGGCAUUUUGAUCGGUGUCUUUGUACUGUGCUGGAUCCCCUUCUUCAUCACUGAGCUCAUUGUGCCGCUGUGCUCCUGCGACAUCCCGCCCAUCUGGAAGAGCAUCUUCCUGUGGCUGGGCUACUCCAACUCCUUCUUCAACCCACUCAUAUACACCGCCUUUAAUAAGAACUACAACAAUGCUCUGAGGAACCUCUUCUCCCGGCAGCGCUGAGGCACUCAGCGCACACAGCUGACGCACUAUACGCACCAGCAUGCACUCCACAGUGUUACUCCUCCUCCACACAGACAAGGACCGUCUCUUCACAUCACUCCAUCAUCCCCCAGAUGGAUGAAAUACCCACGAAGUGUGUCUGAAGAAAAACUGUCUGUAAAAUGUGCCACUUCUAUGUAUGAUGUGUUUUUGUUUAUUGCCACACUGAGACACCUGCACAGCUGGACUGAGACAAAUGUUUGAAGUAUGAUAUCUGCAAGGAGACGAGUAAAUCGAUUGUGUUGUGGCGAAGAGAAGAGAAGACUGCGCUGUAGACGCUUUGGUUUUCAAAUCGCCGUCAUUUCAGGCUUAUUAGGGAGAAAAGCAUGUUAUUUCCCUUGUAAAAGAGUUUUAUCAUCAUGUGAAGCUGCCGCGAACCGUUCCAAGGCUAAAAGAGCGGGAUGAAAAAUUAAAGAAAAUAUAUCUUGUGUGAAGGGACAAAAUGAACCUCAUAAACAAACAGACCAAGAGUAAACUGCAGAUUCUCGGAUUCUCUGCACAAACUGCCACUUUUGUUGUGAAAGUGUCACAACAGAGAGUCGGCGGGUGAAGCUUUGCGGUAUUUUAUUGUGUAAUAUACAGUAAUGUGAGCAUGAGAAAUGGAUCCUCAGCAAAUCGUUGUGCUAUAUGUAUGUGAUUUGUUUCAUAGUAAGACAUAGGACUUGACAUCUAUUUAGCGGAAAACCCUCCAAAUUUCC